GAGGUGCAGCCGGCGCUCAGCGCGGCAGGCGCGGGAGCUGGCGCUGGAGCCGGAGCGGCGGCGGCGGCGGUAUUCUCGGGGCGGCGGCGGCGCGGGCUCUGGCACCGGCUCGGGCUCCGGCAUGGUGCAAUUCAGCCUCGUCCCGGGAGAGCAGGGCCCGCGCGCGGGACCGGCGCCCGGGGAGCAGCGGCAGCGGCGGUGGCGGUGGUGGCUGCAGGCGCAGGCAGGCGGCAGGUGCUAGAAGCUGGGCUGGGCGAGGUGUGUACCCGCUGGGCUCCCGGGCCGCCGCCCCCUCACUGCCCAGGUCUUUCCCUCCCUCGGUGCUCCCCAGCGCGUCCAGCCCCCUGCCUCCGCGCCCGGGCCCAUGGCGCCCCGCGGUUGAGCCGGCGCCGCCAGGGACCCCUCCCGCGGGCCUCCCCGGGGCGCGCAGAUCCCGGAGCCGCCCGCCCACCCUCCGCGGAGCCUCCCUCCCUCGCUGGAGCCGGGCGGGACCAUGGCUGCGAAGCUGCGAGCGCAUCAGGUGGACGUGGAUCCGGACUUCGCGCCGCAGAGCCGGCCGCGCUCGUGUACCUGGCCGCUGCCGCAGCCCGACUUGGCCGGCGACGAGGACAGAGCGCUGGGCGCAGGGGUGGCCGAGGGCGCAGAGGACUGCGGGCCGGAGCGCCGGGCGACGGCCCCGGCCAUGGCCCCAGCGCCGCCGCUGGGCGCGGAGGUCGGACCGCUGCGGAAAGCGAAGAGCUCCCGGCGGAACGCGUGGGGAAACCUGUCCUACGCCGACCUCAUCACCAAAGCCAUCGAGAGCGCCCCGGACAAGCGACUCACGCUCUCGCAGAUCUACGACUGGAUGGUCCGUUACGUGCCCUACUUCAAGGAUAAAGGCGACAGCAACAGCUCGGCCGGCUGGAAGAAUUCCAUCCGGCACAACCUGUCGCUGCACACCCGUUUCAUCCGCGUGCAGAACGAGGGCACUGGCAAGAGUUCGUGGUGGAUGCUGAACCCCGAGGGUGGAAAGACAGGCAAGACCCCGCGGCGCCGGGCCGUGUCCAUGGACAACGGGGCCAAGUUCCUGCGCAUCAAGGGCAAGGCGAACAAGAAGAAGCAGCUACAUGUACCCGAGCGGAGCCCAGACCAUAGCCCUCCGGGUGCGCCUGCUCCAGGGCCCCUGCCUGCCUCGGCCAAGUGGGCCACCAGCCCGGCCUCGCAUGCCAGCGAUGACUACGAGGCGUGGGCCGACUUCCGAGGCAGUGGGCGACCCCUGCUUGGGGAGGCGGCCGAGCUGGAGGACGACGAGGCCCUGGAGGCGCUGGCACCAUCAUCGCCACUCAUGUACCCGAGCCCUGCGAGCGCACUGUCGCCGGCCCUGGCCACUCGCUGCCCGGGUGAGCUGCCGCGCCUGGCAGAGCUGGGUGGCCCUCUGAGCCUGCACGGUGGUGGCGUAGCCGGGUUGCCCGACGCCCUGCUGGACAGCGCCCAGGACGCGUACGGGCCGCGGGCACGCGCCGGGACCCCUGCCUACUUUGGCGGCUGCAAGGCGGGCGCCUACGGCGGGGGCGGGGGCGGGGGCUUCGGGCCUCCGGCGCUGGGCGCGCUGCGCCGCCUGCCCAUGCAGACCAUCCAGGAGAACAAGCAGGCGAGCUUCGCGCCCACCGCGUCCUUCCGCCCCGGGGCCCUGCCCGCGCUGCUGCCGCCGCCGCCACCCGCACCUAGGCCCGGCCCGCUGCUGGGCGCGCCGGGAGAGAUGGCGCUGGCGGGCGCGGUGGCCGCUUACCCCGGCAAGGGAGCGGCCCCAUACGCGCCGCCCGCGCCCUCGCGCAGUGCCUUAGCCCACCCGAUCAGCCUUAUGACGCUACCCGGCGAGGCGGGUGCCUCGGGCCUGGCCCCGCCAGCCCACGCCGCAGCCUUCGGGGCCCCGCCCGGCAGCCUCCUGCUAGACACGCUGCCCGGGCCCUACGUGGCCUCGGCUGCCGGGCCACUGGGUGCCGCGCCUGACCGCUUCCCGGCCGACCUGGACCUCGAUAUGUUCAGCGGGAGCCUUGAGUGUGAUGUCGAGUCCAUCAUCCUCAACGACUUCAUGGACAGCGACGAAAUGGACUUCAACUUUGACUCAGCCCUGCCUCCGCCGCCCCCGGGAUUGGCCGGGGCGCCGCCCCCUAACCAGAGCUGGGUGCCGGGCUGAAGGCCUCCCCCCGCGGCCCAGGUGCCCCGGUCCCGUCCCCAAGGGGCCUCUGUCUUCCCAUCCUGAUCCCCGGGUCCCCACCCCGAUCCAGCUCCAAGGGAGGAUCCUGGAGGCAGCCCUAGCCUAGCUAGAGACAUCCCUCAGAGUUGACCACAGAGGGAGGUGGGAGGGAGCGGCAGGGACAUCUUGCCAUUCCUGCCCGAACUUCUAAGACCUGCCCCCUCCUGCUGGGGCUGGAAGCCUGGGAGAGGAGCUUGAAAUCCAUCCAGCUGGGUGGGAGUGGGGAGGAGCGAGUUGGGUCGCCUGCUGUGGAUGCUGACCGGAAGCCACCUAGGAGAUAGGGCGGGGGCAUUUCAGAAUCUUCAGUUUCACUUGGGGUGGUAUGACGCUUCGCCCACCCAUCUCCAAUCUGAUCCUCAAAUGACACUUUAUCUCUGGUGUUAGUCCCAUCAUACAAAGCCAGCAACUCUUUCCGGAAUACUCUCACACCUAUCUAUUGGCCAUCAUCCUACUCAGCCCCCUUCUAGUCUUCAGCCACCCCUCCGGUGACACCCCUCAUCCCCAGGUUCAGUUUCCCAUCCCAGCGGGUCCUGGAGUCUCCUCUCUCCUGUCAGUCAACCCCACACUCUUGCGGUACUGGUCACAGCCUCUCCAGCGGGCCUCACCUCCAGAUCCAACCCCAAUCCGACACCCCUUUCUCCGUGCCAGUCCUGGCCCUUCUCUCCCAUAUUUAUAAGUGUCUGGUCGGGGCGGGCGGUGGGCGCGGCGUCCCCGGCGCGUAUCGUAGGCAGUGUACCGUGGCCGUGCCGUCAGCGUGUGCGUGUGCGUGUGUGCCGUGUCGAGGCCGUGUAGAGUGCGUUGUACAGCAUAUUUUCAUGAAUAAAAUUGUUUUAAAUAUU